UCUCUUUCACUAAUGAGAGCUUUCUGACUAAACGUUGUGAAGAAUCACCAGGUUUUAAGAAGUUCCUAUCCCAGUUGUUAUUCUUCAGUGGGCAAGCAGCUCUGGAUAAACUCGAUGAGUUAAUAAAAGGGGAACUUAAAAUUCUGUAUGGGACAAAUGAAUUAUAUAACAUGUUUCAUGAUAAGGUAUUAGAAUGGUGGAAAAAAUCAGAAUGUUAUCUCACACAUCAAGAACAAUUCUGGAAGGACAUUCUUCAAACUUAUGUUGAAAAAAUUUCAGAGCAAAAGCACAAAGAAACGGAAGAACUGCGUAUAAAAUUCAAGAAGUCUGUAUAUGAUGUAAUGCGAACACUCAUUAUGUUCAACCCAGCGGUACACAUUACAUCUGCCUCACCCAUCCUCAGCUGUAUCAAGGUACACCACAGCUUACGACAUCAGCAUCACCUCUUAAUAGAUGACAGAACCUUGCAAUCACGACAGAACGAGGUGCUGGCACUGUGGAGCAGAAGGUGCGACUUGCUUGUUGUAGAGGAGGCCAGCACUGUGAAUAUGGAAUUUGUGUUUAAGAUUCUCCAAAUGUAUCCACAGAAGAGACUGGUUCUUGUAGGCGGAACUGUUGCCUUAGAUAAGCUACAGCACAAGUAUAUCACAUUCCACGAUCAUAUCAUAGUGGGGCAGCUGGAUGAGGCAACACAGGCCCGAGUGCUGGCUAUUCAAGUGCACUUCCAGGGUUAUGAUGCCUCUCUUGGAGAAAUAUCUGGCAGCAACCAUGACUUGGUACCUGCUAGUAUAAUCACACAGCUAUUGAGAGACAGAGUGGUGCUGGGAGAUUCUCUGACAGGUGACAUAAGUUACUAUAUACCUCGAACUUUAUACGAUACUGUUCAGGACAAUGAGCAAGUUCUGCCUCAUGGAAUGACAGAUUUGCCUGUCACAUCGGCUGUGAGUGGCUUGUGCUCCCAUGAACUGUCGCCUCAAAAUUAUGAGAACAUUGAUUCAGUAACAGACAUUACUCAGCGUGUGGUACUAGUGUCCGCUGAGCCUGGAAUGGGCAAGUCAGCCCUCCUCACACAUUUGGCACUGGGCACAAAAAAAGCCAAACCUAAUAUGUGGGUGGUAAAGUUGAACCUCAGCGACUUCACCCAGCACCUGAAAGAACUGCCAUCCAACUUACAACUGCAUCAUAUAAUAGAGUUCCUACUGGAAGUUUCAGGAAUCUCAGAACUGUGGAAACCUUUGUUCAGAUGCAAGCUGGAAACAAUGGAAAAUGUGUGUGUGUUAUUUGAUGGGUAUGAUGAGAUAUGUCCAACCCAUGCAGAAAAAGUAGCUCUCAUGUUGAAAUUUCUACAGGCAACCAAACUGCAAUACCUCUGGGUUACAACACGGCCAGUUAUGAAAAAGAAACUGCAAAAUAAACUGUCCACAUUGGCUUUCACAUUUCAACCAUUCUUAAAAUCUGACCAGCAAAACUUCCUAGCUAAAUUCUGGAAGAGACGUAUACCUGACAUUGAGGAUCGUGUGUUGAAUAACUUUGUAAUUAGGCUGCUACGGUUAACUGCAAACAACCUCAAAGACAGAAACAGGGACUUCAUGGGCAUUCCUUUGCAUUCCAUGAUGCUGGCUGAGGCCUUUGAAGACAACUUGAAAACUUACAAUGAGAAAGGUGUGCUGGAACUUCCACCAAAGUUUGACAUGUUCCAGCUUUACAAUAGGUUUGUGGAACAAAAAUUUAAAAUUAUUAAUGACAAAAACAAAGUGGAUAUGUCAAAACCUCAAAUGGAAAUUUACUGCAGAUUAAUGGAACAAGAGUUCAGAAAAGGUCAUAUGAUUUCUGCUGUGUUCUUGCUUUUGCCUACUGAUGAAAUGAAGAACCUUCCGGAUUUAGAUCUCAUGAUAGACAGAUUUAAAUCAUUUUUAGCUACCCUGGAGGAAGGAAAUGAUCCAACUGGAAUCAUUAAACAAAUUCAGUUUUUUGAAUCAUUUACAGAUAUAGGGCAUGAGGGUAAGGAGCUUGCUGGAAUUACUGAAAAGAUUCUGAAAAUUAAACCUGUGUUCAUACAUAGGACCUUUGCUGAAUAUUUUGCUGCUCUCUGGUUUGCUAAGAAUUUUGAAAAGUUGCAAAGUUACUUGAACAUAAAAAUGUUUGAACCAAAUUUCCAAAUGGUAAGGAAAUUCUUUGACCAAGUUCUGGCCCAUAAAUUUCCCUUGCACCUUGCUGUUCUGAACCUGGACAAAGUUCUAGUGGAGACCCUGUUGUCAGAAAGGAAAGUGGAUGUGAACACAAAGGAUGAAGGUGGAAGGACAGCCUUACACCUGGCUGUGAUGAGUGAUAUUGGUACACGAGAUGAUGUUCGUACCCAUAGUACUGUGCAGCAGAUCAUAAUAAUUCUGUUGGAAUAUCAAGCAAAUCCUAAUAUCGAAGACAAAGUCUUGUUCUUUCGGCCAAUCCAUGUAGCUGAGAAGCUCAGGGAGUGGUCAACUGUUGAGCUGUUGUUGGAAAAACAAGCUUGCACUGAGGAUCUGGUUCUCACCAGGCAACGUAUUCAUAAUAAGGAGAACAUACAGAAUGUACUGAUAUCUGCCGCAAAAAAUGGGUGUGUGAAGCUUGUGUCGUUCAUGUUAAAAUGUGGUGUACCUGUGGGACAUGCCAUUGAGGUUCUAUAUGAGGGAUCUUACUGCAUAGCUACAAUGUUACAUGAAGCAGCAAGACAUGGACAGGUCAGGUUGGUACAAGAACUCCUGAGCCACGGAGCCAACACUGAAGCAACGGACAGUAGGUAUAAUAGAACUGCACUGAUGUGGGCAGCUGAGCAAGGUCACUUACAAGUUGUACAAGCCCUCCUGCGCCACGGAGCCAACAUUGAUGCAAAGGACAGCAGUUAUAAUAGUUAUAAUAGAAGCACAAGAGCGUGGGCAGUUGAGCGAUAUCGCGCCGAAAUUGUAGGCGGAUUUAUUGAUCCUGGUUGCUACGACAUGUAUGGUAACACUGCAUUACUGUUAGCAGCUAAGAAUAAAAGGUGGGAUGUAGCUAAAGUGUUAUUACAAUGUAAUGCAGAUGUGACAAUUUGUGACUGGUCAGUUAAUAAUGUGCUGCACUUUGCUGCAGAGUCUGGUCCUACAGAAUUGGUGGCUUACUUACUGGACAUGAGAGAGAUGGAUACUGAGUGUCAUAACAGUGAUUUAAGAACUCCACUGUGGCUUGCAGCUCAUUCUGGUCGCUUACAGAUCACAGAGUUGUUGUUAAAUUAUAAUGCAAACUUAUAUGUGAGGGACAGGAAUGGACACACACCUCUACGGGCAGCAAAGGGUCGUUUUCAUUUGGAGGAUACAACAAGGUCUGCAGUGAGUCACUACCAGAAGAAACAAGGUUCUGCUAACAUAAGUGGUCAAUUGUAUGAAAUAAAGAUGGUAGCCCUGCUAUUUGCUAGGGCACUCAAUGGGACAAAGGACUUCUAUCUUGCCAGUAACAUGGAAUCUGCUGGUAAAUUUGAUGAUAUUGUUUUCACACUUCAUGAUAAGACAGCUUUCAUACAGCUGAAAUAUCGCAGUAAUGCCAAUGCUAAAAUAAGUAAACAGAACCUUCUUCAGGAGGAAGGAGACUACAGCCUUGAACAACACUUCAAGUCAUACUGCAAAAUCAAGCAACAGUGGCUACAUGAUGAAGAUCUGAAACACUGUGGAACUUUUGAGAAUGCCUCCUUCAUUAUCUAUACAAAUUGUAUAAUGUCCAUGGAUGAAGGGAAUGAUGUUGUUAACAGUUAUUGGCAUAAGAUUCUCAGCUCUGGGGGGAAAUGUGUCUCUUUCACUAUAGAGAAUUCUAUGAUGAAACGAUUUGAAGGGUCACUAGAUUUUAAGGAGUUCCUAUCCCAGCUGUUAUUCUUCAGUGGGCAAGCAGCUCUGGAUAAACUCGAUGAGUUAAUAAAAGGGGAACUUAAAAUUCUGUAUGGGACAAAUGAAUUAUAUAACAUGUUUCAUGAUAAGGUAUUAGAAUGGUGGAAAAAAUCAGAAUGUUAUCUCACACAUCAAGAACAAUUCUGGAAAGACAUUCUUCAGACUUAUGUUGAAAACAUCUCAGAGCAAAAGCACAAAGAAACGGAAGAACUGUGUAUAAAAUUCAAGAAGGCUGUACAUGAUGUAAUGCGAACACUCCUUAUGUUCAACCCAGUGGUACACAUUACAUCUGCCUCACCCAUCCUCAGCUGUAUUAAGGUACACCACAGCUUACAACAUCAGUGUCACCUCUUAAUAGAUGACAGAACCUUGCAAUCACAACAGAACGAGGUGCUGGCACUGUGGAGCAGAAGGUGUGACUUGCUUGUUGUAGUGGAGGCCAGCACUGUAAAUAUGGAAUUUGUGUUUAAGAUUCUCCAAAUGUAUCCACAGAAGAGACUGGUUCUUGUAGGCGGAACUGUUGCCUUAGAUAAGCUACAGCACAAGUAUAUCACAUUCCACGAUCAUAUCAUAGUGGGGCAGCUGGAUGAGGCAACACAGGCCCGAGUGCUGGCUAUUCAAGUGCACUUCCAGGGUUAUGAUGCCUCUCUUGGAGAAAUAUCUGGCAGCAACCAUGACUUGGUACCUGCUAGUAUAAUCACACAGCUAUUGAGAGACAGAGUGGUGCUGGGAGAUUCUCUGACUGGUGACAUAAGUUACUAUAUACCACGAACUUUAUACCGUACUGUUCAGGACAAUGAGCAAAUUCUGCCUCAUGGAAUGACAGAUUUGCCUGUCACAUCUGCUGUGAGUGGCUUGUGCUCCCAUGAACUGUCGCCUCAAAAUUAUGAGAACGUUGAUUCAGUAACAGACAUUACUCAGCGUGUGGUACUAGUGUCUGCUGAGCCUGGAAUGGGCAAGUCAGCCCUCCUCACACAUUUGGCACUGGGCACAAAAAAAGCCAAACCUAAUAUGUGGGUGGUAAGGUUGAACCUUAGUGACUUCACCCAGCACCUGAAAGAACUGCCAUCCAACUUACAACUGCAUCAUAUAACAGAGUUCCUACUGGAAGUUUCAGGAAUCUCAGAACUGUGGAAACCUUUGUUCAGAUGCAAGCUGGAAACAAUGGAAAAUGUGUGUGUGUUAUUUGAUGGGUAUGAUGAGAUAUGUCCAACCCAUGCAGAAAAAGUAGCUCUCAUGUUGAAAUUUCUACAGGCAACCAAACUGCAAUACCUCUGGGUUACAACACGGCCAGUUAUGAAAAAGAAACUGCAAAAUAAACUGUCCACAUUGGCUUUCACAUUUCAACCAUUCUUAAAAUCUGACCAGCAAAACUUCCUAGCUAAAUUCUGGAAGAGACGUAUACCUGACAUUGAGGAUCGUGUGUUGAAUAACUUUGUAAUUAGGCUGCUACAGUUAACUGCAAACAACCUCAACGACAGAAACAGGGCCUUCAUGGGCAUUCCUUUGCAGUCCAUGUUGCUGGCUGAGGCCUUUGAAGACAACUUGAAAACUUACAAUGAGAAAGGUGUGCUGACACUUCCACCAAAGUUUGACAUGAUCCAGCUUUACAACAGGUUUGUAGAACAAAAAUUUAAAAUUUUUAAUGACAAAAACAAAGUGGAUAUGUCAAAACCUCAAAUGGAAGUUUACUGCAGAUCAAUGGGAAAAAAGUUCAGAAAAGGUCAUAUGAUCUCUGCUGUGUUCUUGCUUUUGCCUACUGAUGAACUGAGGAACUUUCCGGAUUUAGAUCUCAUGAUAGACAGAUUUAAAUCAUUUUUAGCUACCCUGAAGGAAGGAAAUGAUCCAACUGGAAUCAUUACACAAAUUCAGUUUUUUGAAUCAUUUACAGAUAUAGGGCAUGAGGGUAAGGAGCCUGCUGGAAUUGCUGAAAAGAUUCUGAAAAUUAAAACUGUGUUCAUACAUAGGACCUUUGCUGAAUAUUUUGCUGCUCUCUGGUUUGCUAAGAAUUUUGAAAAGUUGCAUAGUUACUUGAACAUAAAAAUGUUUGAACCAAAUUUCCAAAUGGUAAGGAAAUUCUUUGACCAAGUUCUGGCCCAUAAAUUUCCCUUGCACCUUGCUGUUCUGAACCUGGACAAAGUUCUAGUGGAGACCCUGUUGUCAGAAAGGAAAGUGGACGUGAACACAAAGGAUGAAGGUGGAAGGACAGCCUUACACCUGGCUGUGAUGAGUGAUAUUGGUACACGAGAUGAUGUUCGUACCCAUAGUACUGUGCAGCAGAUCAUAACAAUUCUGUUGGAAUAUCAAGCAAAUCCUAAUAUCGAAGACAAAGUCUUGUUCUUUCGGCCAAUCCAUGUAGCUGAGAAGCUCAGGGAGUGGUCAACUGUUGAGCUGUUGUUGGAAAAACAAGCUUGCACUGAUGAUUUGGUUCUCACUAGACAACAUAUUCAUAAUAAAGAGUACAUACAGGAUGUACUGAUAUCUGCCACAAACAACGGGUGUGUGAAGCUUGUGGCGUUCAUGUUAAAAUGUGGUGUACCUGUGGGACAUGCCAUUGAGGUUCUAUAUGAGGGAUCUUACUGCAUAGCUACAAUGUUACAUGAAGCAGCAAGACAUGGACAGGUCAGGUUGGUACAAGAACUCCUGAGCCACGGAGCCAACACUGAAGCAACGGACAGUAGGUAUAAUAGAACUGCACUGAUGUGGGCAGCUGAGCAAGGUCACUUCCAAGUUGUAGACACCUUAACAAAGCAACAUAGUGACAUUGAUAUUCGUGAAAUGCAUGGUUACACUGCAUUACUGUUAGCAGCUAAGAAUAAAAGGUGGGAUGUAGCUAAACUGUUAUUACAAUGUAAUGCAGAUGUGACAAUUUGUGACUGGUCACUUAAUAAUGUGCUGCACCUUGCUGCCGAGUCUGGUCCUACAGAAUUUGUGGCUUACUUACUGGACAUGAAAAAGAUGGAUAUUGAGUGUUGUAAUAGUCAUCAAAAAACUCCACUGUGGCUUGCAGCUCAGUCUGGUCGCUUACAGAUCACAGACUUGUUGUUAAAACAUAACGCAAACUUACACGUGAAGGACAAGGAUGGACGCACACCUCUGCAGGCAGCAAAUGCUUGUGGUCAUUUGGAGGUAGCACAGUUGCUUCUUAAACAUGGCGCCAGUAUGACAGCAUGUAAUGCGCACCACUAGAAGUAAAGUGACUAAUCCCAUGUGGAGCCAAAAUUGAUUGGAAACUGUGAUUCUCUGACCAUUAACAAGCCUGCAUAUGUCAUACUGCUCAUUAUGUACCAAACUGUGAAUGAUAUGUGCCAUAUUUUCAGGUUAUAAGAUGCACUGGGAUUUUAGAGGAACAUUUUUGGAGUAGAAACUUGCAACAUCUUUCGACUCUUCAAGAUGAAAACUGAUUUUGGACAUUACUUUCCAAGGAAGGAGUGCCUUAUAGUCUCCAAGAUAGCAAAUUUAGUAAUAUGU